CUCCCUAAAGUUAACAGCUACUGAAGUGUACCCACAAGGAAAUCCGUUCAUUUUUCCAGCCACUGUCACACAACUUUGUUUACAUUUAAGCGACGAGAAAAAAAAAGCUCCCAAGGAAGACAAGAUGUCGGCCUUGCAAUUUCAACCUGUUGACAGCUAUCAAACGUCCUGUGACUUUAGAUAGCGAGUUUUGUUCGUGGUGGCGUGUGCAUCCAGGAAAAGGAGGGGAUAGUGGGCGGAGGAUGGGAGAGCACAUUCUAAAAAGUCAAGGAGAUGGGAAGAAAGAAAUUGCUCAGGACACUUCAGAGGAAACCCACAGAGGAAUGUGGUCUCCCUUUAGAGGAGAGAAGUGAAAUAGACUGUAGAUUCUAAAGGUCUGGGGAAGAUUGACCAGCGAGAUGAAGCGACAAUGGAUCAUAAAUUUGCAGGUGAUGUUACUGAUGGCCUCCUUGACUGAAAAUAUGCUCCAGCUGGGAUCAAACCGUUGUGACAAGAAGGUUCUCAUCAGGAUCACAACCAAGUGUCACUCCUGUAUCUUGAACAUCAAGAUGCAGUGUCCACAGAAUUAUACUCAGCUCACCGUGGGGAGUGGAUCCAGGGACUGCAGAUACCGCAUUCCACUCAAAUCAUUCUUUCUGUCUGUGCCUGGAUGUCAUCAUGUCUGUGUGAAGGACAUCAUCCAACGUCAGUGCUGCGCUGGCUACUGGGGACCAGACUGCAUGGAAUGUCCCGGAGGAGCAACGGCCCCUUGUAGCAACAAAGGAGUUUGUUCCGACAGCAUGGGAGGGGAUGGCAAGUGCAAUUGUACAGGUGGCUUUGGUGGCGUAGCCUGCGAGAAAUGUGCGAAAGACAAUACAUUUGGACCCAACUGCACUUCUGUGUGUGAAUGCCUUCAUGGAGUCUGCAACAGUGGAAUCAACGGUGAUGGGACAUGCAUAUGUUACUCAGGUUACAUGGGGGCCAAGUGUGACCAGCCUAUACCUGCUUGUCGAGCAUUGCAGUGUCCUGAAAAUACCAGAUGCUCUGAGAAUGCAGAAACUGGAAAGUUGGCGUGUGACUGCUUACCUGGUUACCAGGACAUGGGGAACAGACAGUGUGAACCGAUUAAUCCUUGUCUUCAUAAUGCCUGCGGUCCUAAUUCUGUGUGCACCUUCCUCACCGCCAACUCUUUCACCUGCACAUGUGAAGAAGGUUACCAGGGUGACGGUCAGAUCUGCCUACCCAUCAAUCCUUGCCAGAAAAAUUUCGGGAACUGCCCCACAAAUUCAACAGAGUGCCAAUACGAUGGCCCCGGACAGUCGCACUGUCAGUGUCUGGAAGGUUAUGAGAACCUGGAGCCAGGAAGAGGAUGCAGUAUGACUGAUGUCUGCUUAACCAACAAUACUUGUGAUAAAAAUGCCAACUGUGUCACCGUCAGACCAGGACAGAUUGAGUGUACCUGCAACGAGGGUUAUACAGGUGAUGGCAACAUCUGCUAUGGAAACAUCAUGGAGCGAAUCAAAGACCUAAACACUCAACCUGGUGGACGAUGGCAGGGGCAGAUAACAACAGCCAUGUUGUUUUUUGGGGCUGGUUAUUCUAAGCCACUGAUCAAUUUGGGACCUUUUACAUUAUUUCUACCAACUAACAAGGCCUUUAAAGGUGUGAAUGUGAAAAGUCUCUUUGCAGACAAGGACAGAACAGAGUACCUCGCAAAGCUCCACAUCAUCGCUGGACAGCUGAGUGUUGCAGACUUAAAUGCCACUGGUGAAUUCACUUUGACUGGGAGAUCAGGAGUGACCAUACUCAGAGAAAGGGAUAACCAGAUAAAGCUGCAUAUUUAUGGAAAUAACAAAAAGGCCCGAAUCCUCGCUGGGAAUAUCAUUGCUUCCAAUGGCCUGAUACACAUCAUCGAUAAGGUGAUGGAUGGGACUCAGCCGACAGUCAAGAGUAACAGAAAGAAAACCCUCUACACAAUAUUUCAGAAAAUGAACAGUUCAAGAAAUUCAUGGAAUUGCUGCAGAAAUUCAGCUUUCUCUUCUUACAUCCAGAAAUGUGAUCUUGACCAACUCCUACAAAGUGGUGGACCACUUACAAUUUUUAUCCCAAACAUGAGUGCUUGGGAUGGCUUGGAUGAUGAGACAAUGGCUUACUUGCUUUCAGCAGAGGGCAAGCAGAAACUUAAGGAGCUGAUGAGACAUCACAUCAUUCCUGAAAAUGAGCUGGAAGUUUCGAGCCUCCUCUCUUCACCUAAAAUUCUGAGUUUAGCAAAUCAACUUGUGCCAAUGAACUUGAACAAAAAUGGGAAGAUUUUGCUGGGUGCCGAGGGUGUGGCUGUUGAAGAAGCAGACAUAUUUGGCAAGAAUGGCAGGAUCUUCAUUCUAAAUGGUCUGCUAAUCCCUCCGUCUAUUGUGCCAAUCCUCCCCCGUCGAUGUGACGAUACGCAGCACAGAAUUACCUCGGGCUCUUGCGUAAGCUGUGCUAAAAUUCAUAGCAGCACUUGUCAACCUGGAAUGACCCCACUGGUACCCAAGUGCUGCAGCGGAUUCUACGGCCCAGACUGCAGGAUUUGUCCAGGAGGUUUCCAAAAUAUCUGUUCUGGCCAUGGACAUUGCACAGACGGAUUGGACGGAAAUGGCACGUGCGUUUGCGACAGCAAAUUUCGCGGCUCAAAGUGCCACCUCUGUUCUGACCCGAAGAAGUACGGACCCAACUGUGACCAGACCUGUCCAUGUGUUCAUGGGCAAUGUGACAACAAGGUGACUGGCGUCGGAGCCUGCAAGUUGAACUCGUGCAAGCCAGGAUAUGCUGGGAAGUUCUGCGAGAGACAAACUACUCCGUGUGGCUCCAAUGCUCAGUUCUGCCAUGCCCAUGCAAACUGCGAAUACAAGAAUGGUGGCCUCAGCUGUGUUUGCAAACCAAAUUAUGAAGGUGAUGGGUCCUACUGUGAAGAGAUGAACGCCUGCAGUCGACCAGACCGAGGUGGCUGCAGUUCUAAUGCAGAAUGCAUUCAGACGGGAAAGGGAGGAUUCAUGUGUCAGUGUCUGCCUGGUUGGACUGGAGAUGGGGAAGACUGCACUGAAAUAAAAAACUGUCUAAUGUUGGGCCGAGGUGGGUGCCAUACCAAUGCAAACUGCAUCCACUUGGGACCAGGCCAGAAUGACUGUGAGUGUAAGAAGGGCUUUCGUGGUAAUGGUUUAGAAUGUGAAUCGAUAAAUCCGUGUUUGGAGGAAAAUGGAGGCUGCCAUUAUCUGGCAACUUGUUCAUAUGUGUCUCCAGGGAUCAGAGAUUGUAGCUGUCAGCAAGGUUAUGAAGGAGAUGGUGUGAUAUGCUUUGGAGAUGCAAUUAUGGCUCUAUCCUACGUCCCAGAAGCCGCAGAAUUUCUCAAGUGGGUCAAUAAUGCUUCUCAAAACCGCCUUCUUUCAGAAACUGCAAAUAUUACCCUGCUUGUGCCCUCUCAGAAGGCUGUCAGUGGUAUGAAUAAUGACAACAGAGCGUUCUGGCUCAAGGCAGAGCAGCUUCCAAACCUGGUGAAGUAUCAUGUGUUAAAGGGAGUGUACAGUCUUGCAGAUCUUCUGAACCUUUCAUCUAAUUCACUGCCCACUAUCAUGCCAGGCAAAUACUUGUCUCUUGCCAACAAGAAUGAGAAAGUCGUAAUAGGAGGUGCAAGCCUCCUCAAUCCCGAUAUAGCUUUAACUAAUGGGAUUAUGCAUAUUAUUGAUAAGGUUCUAAUACCCGAACAAGCAAUGAGUGAUGCAUCAGUCAGCCUGCUGUCAACACUGGACCAGAUGCAUGGAUGUUCUCGCUUCAGAGAGUUUAUAAAGAAUCUGGCGACACAAAUUGAGAGUGCAAGCACCUACACUGUCUACCCCCCAAAUAAUGAUGCCAUUGAGAAUUACCUCAAGGAGAAAGCCAUUGAUGCUCUGGAUGAAGAUAUACUCAAAUACCAUGUCAUUCUGGAACAGAAGCUGAUGGAGAGCGACAUGCACAAUGGAAUGCACAGAGAGACAAUGCUUGGUUUUUCAUUUCAAGUUGGUUUCUUUCAAAGAAAUGGCCAGCUUUUUGUGAAUGAUGCACCGGUCAACUUCACCAAUGUGGAAACAGACAAAGGAGUGAUCCACGGACUAACAAAGGUUCUGGAGAUCCAGAAAAAUCGAUGUGACACCAACGAAACAACAAUAAUGCAGGGCAAGUGUAUUAACUGCCAACAGAAAUCGAAAUGUCCUCCUGGAUUAAGCCCUGUGAUGGGAAAAAGGAAAAACUGCAUCACUGCAUCAUAUCUUCAAGGGAAGAGGUUACUGUAUCUUGGCUGUGUGUCAAGCUGUGUGAAGACUGUGAUUACUCGAGACUGCUGUCCUGGCUACUUUGGACGACAGUGCCAAGCAUGUCCAGGAAAGGUUGGAAGCUGGUGCCACGGGAAUGGACUUUGCCAGGACGGUAUCGAUGGCACAGGGAUCUGCAUAUGUGAGGAAGGUUUCACAGGUACAGCCUGUGAGACCUGUGUUAAUGGAAUGCAUGGAAUACAUUGUGAUCAAGAAUGCAAAUGUGUCCAUGGUAAAUGCAGCGAAGGAAUCAAUGGGGAUGGUAGUUGUGAAUGUGAACCUGGAUGGAGAGGUGUCCUCUGUGAUACGAAGAUUACUGACAACCUGUGUGGCAACACUUGUCAUUCAAGUGCCAACUGUAUCUCCACAUCUGGCUCCACGUACUGUAAAUGUGCAGCUGGCUUCAAAGGCAAUGGCACAUUCUGUGAAUCUGUGGAUGCCUGUGAGACAGACAAUGGGGGCUGCUCAGUAAAUGCAGACUGCAAAAAGACCUUCCCAGGACAAAGACAGUGCAUGUGCCGAGCAGGAUACACUGGUGAUGGACUUGUUUGUAUUGAAAUUAAUCCUUGCUUGGAGGAUAAUGGAGGAUGCCACAUCAAUGCCGAGUGCACGCAAACUGGUCCAAACCAGGCAGUGUGUAAUUGUUUGCUUAACUAUGAAGGUGAUGGAAAGACAUGUAAACCAAUCAAUCCUUGUCGGAUGGACAACGGUGGUUGCAGUGCAUUUGCCAAAUGUAAUCACACGGGACCAAACGAACGACUGUGUAGUUGUUUCGCAACUUAUGUGGGUGAUGGAAUUACGUGUAAAGGAACCAUAUACAAGGAGAUGUUUUGGAAUGCUGCCUCAUCCCAGUUCUUUUACCACCUCCAGAUGCAUGGUGUGACUGAACUCGGAAGUCAAGGCCCCUUUACUGUGUUCGUCCCCAGUAAUGAUGCUUUUAAAAACGAGUCCCAGAUACCAGAAUGGACAUCAAAAGGACAAAUGGCCCAGAUUCUCCGUUACCACAUUGUGGCAUGUAACCAACUGCUGCACAAUCGGCUAAUCAGCUUGAAAAGCCUCGUUUCCCUUCAAGGAGAAACCAUCCAGUUCUCCAAUGACAAUAACAUCUUGACUCUAAACAAGAAAGCCAAGGUCAUAAGCAGUGAUGUUAUCAAUGCCAAUGGUGUGGUCCACUUUAUUGACAAGAUACUCACACCUCAAAAUAUGAUUAUUGUUUCCAAGGAUAGUCAAGACUCCAAACAAUUAAAUUUGACAACAAUGGCAGAAGAAAAUGGAUACUCCAUAUUUGUCAAUCUCUUACAGGAGACAAACAUACUGAACAUGAUUAGUGAUCCGAAGCAUAAACCUGUCACCCUGUUCCUGCCGAAAGACGCCGCCAUGAAGUCCUUAUCUAAAACACGACAGGAUUUCCUGUAUAAUAAGGACAACCGAAAUGCUCUGAUAGAGUACCUUAAAUUUCAUGUUAUCAGGGAUGCCAAGAUUUUGGCAGCCUUUCUGCCUCAAAGUACCUCGCUGAAGACACUGCAAGGGUCUGACAUCUAUGUGAGCUGUGGGCGGCGAAGAAGCAAGGGUGAAUUGUAUCUGAACAGGAGACGCUGUAAGAUUACGCAGAGGCACUUGGAGUUCAAUGAUGGCAUCGCUUAUGGCAUCAACUGUUUGCUGACUCCUCCCAGCAUCGGUGGUCGAUGUGACAGUUUUUCUUUUCAUGAUAUUAUGGGAGCCUGUGGCAGCUGCAGACUCACCCCUCCCUGCCCUUCAACAAGUAAACCGAAGGGGGAGAAGGUGAAGUGCACAUUUCGCAACACUUUCCGCGAGGAAGUCGAUGGCUGCCAGCAACCGUGCACCCUCAUAAUCUGGAAACCCAAAUGCUGCAGCAAUUACUUUGGGAAAAAUUGUAAAGCUUGCCCGGGAGGUCCUGAAAACCCAUGCAAUUCCCACGGUGUGUGCAAUGAUGAGUACACAGGAUCAGGAAACUGCACAUGCAACCCUGGAUUUAAAGGCACCGCUUGUGAGCUCUGCUUGCCUGGGCACUGGGGACCUGAUUGUACAGAAUGUGAGUGCACUGACAAUGGAAAAUGUGAAGAUGGUAUUGAAGGGCAAGGGACUUGUUUCUGUGAUGAAGGAUGGACAGGUGUCCGCUGUGAAACACAACUCGAUGUAAAACCGCAGUGUUCCCCUGCUUGUUCUGCUGAUGCCAUCUGCAAGGAAAACAACACCUGUGAAUGCAAACUGUACUAUGAAGGUGAUGGAAGGACAUGCACAGUUGUCGAUCAGUGUGCACAGGAUAACGGUGGCUGUUCGGAAUUUGCCAAGUGCUCUCAAAAUGGUGUAAACGUCACUUGCAAGUGUCAAAAUGACUACUCUGGGGACGGCUAUGUGUGCGAUCCGAUAGACCGCUGCGCAGAUGGGUACAAUGGAGGCUGCCAUGAACAUGCCACCUGUACAGUGACAGGGGCAAACAGACGCAAAUGUGCAUGCAAAAAUAACUACAUUGGGGAUGGAACUAACUGCACAAUCAAAGAGGUUCUCGUUAAUCGAUGUCUCCAAGACAAUGGAAAGUGUCAUGGAAAUGCCAAAUGCACUGACCUGCAUUUUGAAGACAAAAAAGUGGGAGUCUUCCAUCUCCGAUCUACAAACGGACAAUACAAGCUCAACUAUACUGAAGCACUUGAACUCUGCAGUGGAGAAGAAGCUGUAUUGGCCACAUACAACCAGCUAUCCUACGCUCAGCAGGCGGGCUAUCACAUGUGUUCAGCUGGCUGGCUGAGCGGUCAGAGGGUGUCUAUCCAAACCAGUUACUCCAAUCCGAAAUGUGGCGAGGGUCACGUGGGCAUCGUGGACUAUGGCCCCCGAGCUAACGCUAGUGAAACAUGGGAUGUUUUCUGUUACAGAAUGAAAGAUGUCGAGUGUGCGUGUAAGAAAGGUUACGUGGGUGAUGGAUAUUCAUGUAAUGGAAACAUGUUGCAAGUUCUAACCAGCAUCAACAAGUUCUCCUCCUUCUUGACUCAAAUUCUCAAUUAUGCAAACACCACGUUGAAUGGUAGACGGUUUGUGGAAGUUCUCACUGAUCUGUCUCUCAAAGGCACCUUGUUUGUUCCAGUCAACUCUGGGUUCUACGAAAAUACGACCCUGUCUGGACGCGACAUAGAACACCACUUUUCCACUCACAGCGGCUAUGUAUACCACAAAAUGCAAAAUGGAACAGUCAUUCUAAGUAAGAUUGGUCAGCCUCUACUCAUAACAGAAACAAAAAGUAGUCUCCCUCCGAGUCCAGAGUUCAGUCAACAGGUUGGAAAGCGAGUGAACGACAGGCCAAUUGUUGCCUGGGACAUGGUUGCCUCAAAUGGUAUCAUUCAUGCCAUCAACAAGCCUUUACAGGCACCUUCUGAACCAGUUAAACCUAUCGCUGUUCACACCGGAGUUGGCCUAGGGGUAUUCUUUGCCUGUCUGCUGGUAAUAACUAGUUUGGCAAUCACUGCGUAUUAUUACUACAAUCACAGAAGGGGACCGUUCAGCUUCCAGUACUUCAAGUCUGAAGAUGGAGAAGGUGUAUCAUCAUUCAAUGACGAGAUCCCUUCCAGGUUCGAUAACCCGAUGUACAACAAGUUCACGUCUACAGAUGACGGUGAAGAGCCCUUUUCCGAUGAACAUUGAUGUCAACAAAUAUUGGUCUUCAACAAUAGCAGCGUCAACAUUGUUAUGCGUGGGCCUCGCUACCCAAAAAUCCUGGACAAUUAUCACUUGCUAGCCAUCGUAAGUUACCAUGACGACAACAUUUAUGGCCUUCUGUCAGUGAACUUUGGAACCAGAAGCAGAUUAGGAGAUGGAGAACAUCUUUGGUCAAGGAGAACGGAUCGAUGAAAAUUAAUUCUAUAUUUUAAGUAUCUUCUAGUACCCUUUCAAAUAAAAUCAGCAAAUUUGCUUAGA